AUGGGACAGAGAGCCUAUAAAUAUCAGACCUGUUUUCACAUCGUACAGUCCACACAGGAGAGAGACCUUAUAACUGGGAAAGAUUUUGCUGGUUUCUCAGCCCUUAUUUUACAUCGGCGAAUCCACACGGGGGAGAGACCCUAUAAAUGCCCCAACUGUGGGAAAGGCUUCAGUCGGAGCUCAGCAGUUUCUACACAUCGGAGAACCCAUACGGGGGAGACCCCCUAUAAAUGCCCUGACUGCGGAAAAAGCUUCAGUCACAAGUUAACCCUUGUUUCACACCAGAGAGUCCACACAGGGGAGAGACCUUAUAAAUGCCUUGAGUGUGGGAAAAGCUACAAGCAAAGAUCAAAUCUUAUUGUACAUCAGAGGACCCACACUGGGGAAAGACCCUAUAAAUGCCCCGACUGUGGCGAAAGCUUCAAGCAGAGCGCAGAAGUUAUUUCACAUCAGAGAAUCCACACAGGAGGGACACCCUAUAAAUGCCUCGACUGCGAGAAAAGCUUCAGUAACAGCUCAGGCCUCAUUGUACAUCAGAGAACCCACACUGGAGAGAGACCCUAUAACUGCUCUGAGUGUGGGAAAACCUUCGCUCGGAGCUCAAACCUUUCUGAACAUCAGAGGAUCCACACGGGAAAGAAGCCCUAUGACUGCCCCGAAUGCGGGAAGAGCUUCAGCCAGAGCUCAGUCCUUAAAAGGCAUCAGAAAAUCCACACAAGAGAGGCACCCUAUAAAUGUCCUGACUGCGGGAAAAGCUAAAAGGUGAAGGUCUCUCUGAUGUCCCACCGGAAACUGCACACAGGAUAGAAGGUGAUGGGAGCUCUCCCCGUGGGGCAAUGGGUCUGUGCCCUCCUGAAGCAAAGUGUAAAUGUGCUUCCUUUGAGGAUGGUCUGGGUAGGGACAGCAGAUGAGUGGAUGGUUGGGGUUUCUUUGGGGGGUGGUUGGUGGGGCCCAGAGGAGGAGGAACUGCUGGGCACUGGGGAGAUGAGAUUAGUGGGGAGACAUUUCUGUGGGUUCCACACACACUUUCCAGUGUAGGAGAGGGGUAAAAAUGCUCCAUUGUAGUUUGUGUCUGAGUGUCUCUGCAGCUCCUAAGGCCCCUCGGGGGGAGCAGCAAGGUGCCCUGUGGGUCCCGGGUAUAUGAAGUCUUUCCCUGGAUGUUUGAAGAAGAGAAAGGAGCAGUUAGGUGCAGCAUGAAAGGUGGGUGAUGGUGUCUUACGAAUCUCAUGAUUCUGCUCCUCAUGUGAUAAGUGCCUCCUGUGUUUUACACAACUGUGAGAGCCAGGGAAAUCCUGGAGGAUGGGUGGGAGUGGGAGUUGGAGGGACCUUAUGAACGAUAUGGAUGUUCAGAGAGAAAGACUCUGCCCAGUAUCCCAACUGCUCAAGGAAACAGGGCUAGGGAUGCAUUGUGCUCCUCCUUUGAGACUAGAGCAUAGUUCUGCAUAAUGAAUGUUCUAUAACCAAGGAAAUAUGUUUGUGUUUGUUAGGAGUUGAUAGUAUGAGGGGUGAAUGUUGUACCAUUCAUGGGUUGAGCUGUACUUCAAUGGGUGGUUGGGGGGCUGUGGUUUUUUCAGAUGUGUGUGGGGGUACUGUAGGGUGGGUGUUUGGGACGGUAUGCUGGGGUCAGAUGGGUAGGGGGCAGGUUCAUAAUUACAUGUGCACCUAAGUUCCCUCUAAGGUGUGUGACUGUGCAGCCACAGGGGCCUGGACUGAAGAGGCGCCUCUCCCCCGACCCCAGCCCCGGAGCUGCUGCAGCAGGAAGAGGCGCCUCUCCACCAGCCCCGGGCUGCUGCAGUGAGAUAGGGCUGGGGGGAGUUCUCUCUCCCCGAUGCAGCCUUGUGGCAGCCUGCACCCCAAAUCCCUCAUCUCCGGCCGUACCCCAGAGCUGGCACCCCUAGCUGGAGCCCUCACCCCCUGCACCCCAACCCUCUGCCCCAGCCCUGAGCCCCCUCCCGCACCCUGAACUCCUCAUCCCCAGCCC